AUGGACAGUGCCAAGCUUGUGCCUAGAGCCAAAUCACUGGCUGUUACCUCCCAUGGAUCCUACCUGCCUUCUUACAGUGCAAUAGUGGGAAUACUACUUCGCUUCUUUAUUUAUUUCAUUGCCAUACUUUAUAGCUCUGGAAAGAUGUUAUUUGCAAAAAAGGAUGAAAGUAAUGCAAAAGACCUAGAGGCACCUGUGCGUUCUGCAUUUCAUUGGUAUAAGGAUAGGAAAGUAAGAAAUGGCAGUGCUGAGCAAAGGAGACCGUCCAUCCACCCAGAGAGACUGAAAGAUUUUGGCGAGGAAGAGGAUUUAAAUGGGACAGUAAAGACAUGGGACAUGAAGAUAAUUAGCCAUGAUGAGGAACAGAUGAAUGAUUCUGCCACCUGCCCAGAUGGGAUUAGCAUGCCAGUUUACAGUAACUGCAAAAAAAUUGAAGAUAUCAGUGCUGCAGCGUUUAAAAUCCAGCAUGGAGUCCUGAAAACCCCCUGCACGCAUUCUAGGCUUUCAAAGCAAUAUGGAAUGGACAUAUAUCUAAAGAAAGAGAUUCUUCAAUAUACAGGAACUGUGAAGGAGCGAGGCGUCCUUUACCUUUUGAUGUCAUUAAAAGAGGACCAGCAAAGAAAUGGUGUGAUUGUUGCCUCAGACAGCAACUUCUCCAUGGCUGUAGCGUAUCAUGCCUCUGAGCUCCACAUUCCUGUCUUUGUCAUCAUGUCCACUUGCACCCUGCCAACCCGAGUGAAAAUGUGUCGCGAGUAUGGUGCUAUGGUCAUUUCCUAUGGUUCUACUGCCAGAGAUUCUCAACUGCAUGCCAAGAGGCUAGCACAAGAAAAUAACUACUUAUACCUUGAAGAAGAUAAUAGUGCUAUCUAUCUAUCAGGGCUGGGGACCAUGGGUUUGGAGAUCUACGAACAGGUGCCCAAACUGGAUGCAGUGAUAUUACCAGCAGGGAGUCCCAGUGGAUUGCUGGCCAGCAACUCUGCUGCCUUGAAACAUCUGAACCAACAAGUCUUCGUGGUCGGUGUAGAACUGGAGAAUGUCCCUGUAGCACAGCAGUCAUUAAAGAAGGGACAACCUGUUAAAGAUCAGGCCUAUACAAGCUGCUUUCAGUUUUACAGAGAAAUGAGUGGAUAUUCUUUUGGCACCAACUCUUUGCAACCGACGGGGAGCGGGGUUGAUAAAGUUGUAACAGUGAGAGAAGAGGACAUCUUGAUUUCUAUGCUGAGGUUGCUGGAAUAUGAACGUGCUGUUGUCGAUGCAGAAGGAGCCAUUGGACUGGCUGCUCUUGUGUCUGGGCAGCUACCAGAGUUAAAGGGCAAAAGAGUGGCUGUUGCUGUGUGCAGUGGAAAUAUGGAACUCCCUCUGAUGAGGCAGUGUAUGGAUCAUGCUCUUACUCUUGAUAACAGAGUAUGCAAAUUCACUAUCAUGGUUUCUGAUUGUCAGGAGAUAUUUCGAAGCUAUUGGAGACUUUGGCUCGCGAGGAAGCAAGAAUAUUGGAUAUCAGACAAGAACACCCAUACAUGAGAGCUGAUUUGUUCACCAGUGAG